AACACAAGUGAUUAAUACUAUUUUUUUAAAUUCUAAUUGAAGAUGAUUCAAUCAUGUGAAAAAUUAGCAAAUCCAAUAUUUUUCAGACAGUUCUCAUAAAAGAAGUUUGCUUCGAUUGUGGGUGAACACCCAGAAUUACGUAACGAGAGAUAUUCUUAAUCGUGCAAAUUUGGCUGUUGAAAUCCGGGUCAAUGCCAACCAAAAUUGGUUACUGGUCCAAAUACAGUUUUAUUUUAUUUUUACUUGUGAUGACACUUUGCUGUCUUAAUUUGUUUGUAGUUUCCGAGAUGGCAAUGAAAUUACAUCAGAACAUAAAGGGGCUUUGUUACGUCACGACCAUGAGAGCGAGAAGGAAGUUAACCUUUAGAUUUUUCUAUAAGCACGUGAAUUACGUGUGUGCAUAGAUGGAUGAGAUGACCUUGAGAACUUCACUUACAUAAUCAGAGUAUUACAUGAUUGAGAAGAAUAUUUCCGUUUUUAUUACAGUCAUCAAGAUCCAAAAUGGGUAUUCCCGCAGGUGAUAUCGAAAAAGGGAAAAAAUUGUUCGUGCAGCGUUGCUCACAAUGUCACACAAUCGAGUCAGGUGGUAAACACAAGAUUGGUCCGAAUUUGCACGGAAUGAUUGGACGAAAAACUGGUCAAGCCCCCGGAUUUAUCUUUACGGAUGCCAACAAAUCUAAAGGAAUUACUUGGACGGAAGACACUUUGUUUGAAUAUUUAGAAAAUCCCAAAAAGUACAUUCCGGGAACCAAAAUGAUCUUUGCUGGUAUUAAGAAACCGAAUGAGCGCGCCGAUUUGAUUGCGUAUCUCAAAACGGCUUGUUGAGCUGAUUUUCCGUUGUUUCUGGGAACGAGGAUUUUUUAAAUUUUUUUUUUCCUGUGACAUGAUCUCAUUAGAACAAAACAUUUGAACAAUACAUUGAUUCAGUUUUAGUUUAAUCUACGAUAAAAAAAAGUUUACAGUUUUAUUCGUUUGAAUUUCGACAAUGAUAGUCUUGAGCUUUGAUUUAUACUAGUAAUUUAUGAAGGUUUAUUUUAUUUUGAUGUCCACAGAGAUAUUGAAAAAUCGACAGUCUUAUGUCACGGUAUGUCAAUUGUGAUUUUUUUUUCGGUAUUUACAUACUUCGAUACACUCGUAUCUGACGUCUUUUUUACCCUUCCCUAUACAUUAGUUGGUGCGAAUCUUGUCGCUGAUGAGAAUUCUUU